AUGGUCGAAACCGCGGAUGUCAACGAGCUGAUCAAGAGUUCGCCGUUCGAACUCAGCGAAUCCGACAAGGAGUCUCUCUUGAUGAGUGAGGAUGAUUUUACCCCACACACUUGGAACGAUAUCAAGCAGGUCAUCGCGAAGGGAGAUCUGUCUGUGCUGAAGCGUGGCCCCUCGGAUCUCCGGAACUACAUUCUCUGGACUUGGAACAUUAGGGCCAACUACGGCUCGGUCAUGCAUUAUGUCCUGAGUGAGCGACUGCAUUGGGACCCCCCGGUGAAUGGCAGGCUUCCAUAUAUCGAUCCGGUUCCAUUUUCGAACACGGCAGACUACCGGAUCCUUCGCAAUGACUGGCCAUAUGGAACAACGUCGGAGAUCACCCACCUGGUGGUAUGGUUAAAGACACCGCUCCCUGUGAAGGAUGACGGUGACCUGACUCCGGAGUCGAAGCAACUGAUCGAAAGCUUUGUGCGGAAGAUGUUCGCCGUUGUUGACGAGCGAAGCGAUAGGCUGCUCUGGUUCAAGAAUCGAGAGCACUGGCAAAGUGUUCGGGCAAUCGAGCACAUUCAUGUCCUUCUCCGAGGAGUGGACGAUGCUCUAAUCACCGGCCUGACCGGUCAGGCUCCCGAGGAUAUGAUUUGCCGUACAUAUAUUCCUCGGUGAUUGCGUCAGGUUACAAGGCCCUGGAUGGUAGAGGUAGAGGGCCUAUUCAUCUUGUUAAUACAACUCUGAAUGAAAAUCUC